AUGACUGUAGUGGGAGGAGGGGGGGCCAUCAAAAAAGCUGCAGCAGGGGGGGCAGUAGGGGGAACAGCAGAGGGAGCAGCAGGGGGAGCAGCAGGGGAAGCAGCAGGGAAACCACCAAGGGGAGGGGGGGCAGCAGGAGGGGGCACAGGGGUUCCCAAGUCUCCUCGAGGGAUGCCUAGUUUGCUCAACAAAAGCUUCAGUGCGGCAAGUCCAACCAUCAAAGCCAGUUAUGAGACUUAUCAAAGCUUCGGCGCGGCAAGUCCAAGCUUCAAAGCCAUGACUGUAGUGGGAGGAGGGGGGGCCAUUAAAAAAGCUGCAGCAGGGGGGGCAGUAGGGGGAACAGCAGAGGGAGCAGCAGGGGGAGCAGCAGAGGGAGCAGCAGGGAGAGCAGCAGGGGGAGCAGGAGCGGGAGCAGCAAGGGAAGCAGCAGGGAAACCACCAAGGGGAGGGGGGGCAGCAGAAGGGGACACAGGGGUUCCCAAGUCUCCUCGAGGGGUGCCUAGUCUCCUCAGUAAAAGCUUCAGCGCCGCAAGUCCAACCAUCAAAGCCUGUUUUGAGACGUAUCAAAGCUGUAACGCCGCAAGUCAAAGCAUCAAAGCCAUGACGGUAGUGGGAGGAGUGGGAGCCAUUAGAAAAGCAGCAGCAGAGGGAGCAGCAGGGGGAGAAGCGGGGGGAGCAGCAGGGGGAGCAGCAGGGGGAGCAGCAGGGGGAGAAGUAGGGGGAGCAGCAGGGGGAGCAGCAGGGGGAGCAGCAGGGGGAGCAGCAGGGGGAGCAGCAGAGGGAGCAACAGGAGAAGCAGCAAGGGCAGGGGGGGCAGCAGGAGGGGACGCAUGGGUCCCCAAGUCUCCUCGACGGGCGCCUGUGAGGGCAGGCGGACUGAAAGAGGCCGCAGCAACGGCAAUGACUCAAGCUCAGGCCGCUGCGUCUGCUUAUGCCCCUGCUGCAGGAGGGGACACAGAAGUCUCCAAGUCUCCUCGACGGGUGCCUGUGAGGGCAGGCGGACAGAGAGAGGCUGCUGCUAAGGCAAUGGCGAGACUCAACGCGGGGAUGCGAGCAGCAGGAGGGGACACAGAUGUACGCAAGUCUCCGCGAGAGGCUGCUGCAAGGGCAAUGGCUCAAGCUCAGUCCGCUGCAUCUGCUUGUGCCGCUGCAGCAGGAGAAGCAGCAAGGGGAGGGGCGGCAGCAGGAGGGGACGCAGAAGUCCCCAACCCGGUAGGUUCGGGUGCUCACACUCCUGCAGGUUCGGCUAUUCACACGCCUGCAGGUUCGGCCGCUCACACUCCUGCAGGUUCGGCUGCUCACACUCCUGCUGCAUCUGAUGAUGAUAGCAGCCCUCGCCAGCAGAGGCCUGUGAGUCUUGGCCGAUUGGGAGAGCAGCAGCAGCAGCAGCAGCAGCAGCAGCAGCAGCAGCAGCAGCAGCAGCAGCAGCAGCAGCAGCUGGGGGAGCAGGGGCAGCGGAGAAUAGGAGGAGGAAAUCAGGCGGGGCUGAGUCCCGGAGGGCUGCCAUCGGGAGUGAGAAGGCGGGCGAGGAUGGCCCGGCCUAACCUGGAGAGCGUGCAGGCGUCGUGGGUGCAUGAGGAUCCCGAGGACGAUCCUGAGUAUGCCGGCUGGGGGGCGACUCCCAAGGGAGAGAAGGCAGCAGCAGGAGGCUUUUGA